ACGGUUUGUCCGGAAUUUCCAUUCAAAGUGGAUUUUGACAGUUGGCUUUUAGGCCGUAAUCAUAUGUUUGUCGAGAAUUUUCAUGCAUUUUCUAGCAUAUACUUCUAGUAAAUAUUCAAUGAGUGGAUAGACCGAAUACGUCCAAUGCACAAAAUUUGCAGCAGAAGAAACGAGAGGCAGAUCAAAAAGUAUGAUAUCGGUGAUUAAAAAAAAGUUCUGCGUAUGCCUGGUCCAGACAUUUACAGACUUUUAAAACAGUAAUAAACUGACCGAUUUUCUUCAGAAAAUAAUAGAUGUGUCCCAGCAUGCAAAGAAUUACGAAUCAAAUACCGUUCAUACUUUUACCAUUUAGAUUUUUUUUAAGAAAUUUAGAACUUAAUCUUUCACGGAAUCUUUUUGGUCUUUUUCGGAGUAACGAACCAAUGAUCUCUAAAUGCGCAGGUAUCCUUCUGUUGAUCAACAGCAUGCGGCAGCUGUUCAAAUCGUAAAAUUAUUUCCACAACUUAGUAAUACGCGAGUCACACCAACUGCUCCUGAUGAGGUUUGUUAUUCUAUGCUUAUAUAAUUUCUCUAAUAUAAUUAUAAUUAUUUUCAUGCUAGUCAUUUUUCUUUUGGCGCAACGGAGGCAAGGAAAAGGGUGCUCAUACUGGCAUGAUAUUUCAUCGCAUCCGGAAUGUCAUCAAACAGCUACCUGCAGGAACACAUAAAUAUAAUCGAGGAACUAUGCCUGUAGAAGAGUCCGUUUCAACUGAACUUGUAGAGCGGGCUCAAUUGCUCCGAGUAAUGCUUGCAUCGGCAUCAGUAGCAGAACAUAUUUGUGAUGAAAUGGACCGAUGCUUUCCAGUCCUCAAACUGUUAUUAAAAGAAAAGAAACCCGUUAAUGAUAUCUUGGAUAUGUUUCCACACCUGUGUUCAUAUGAAGGAUUGGUGAUUCGUCAAAUGUUUGAGAGAUUGUAUCCUAACAGAACAGAAGGUCUCAAAAUCGAGGAUGUCUUCUCUCAGUGUCUAUCUUAUUCACCGUCCAGAUUCUCUAGAGUAGAAGAUGAUCACAUUCGAGGAUGCUUGAGAAUAAUUUCUCAUAUGCCAAUUCGCGGACAAAAAAGAACGCUGGUAGGCUGUCCAACUGUAGGCGAAGAACAUUCGGCUUCAAUUUUAAUUCGUUGGAUUGGGGAGUGCUUAGAUACAUACGUGGCAUCCCCCGCAACUGAUUCCAAACUACACAUGGUGUGCGUAGCAAGCCCGAUGAAAAGAGGAAAUUAUGCCGUCAUUUGUGAGAAAAAAGUUAUAUUCGAGACUAACAAUUCUAUUCAUGCAGUGGAAAUUUUAUUCAAAUGCUACGCAGUUCUCGGAGUGGAGGUGCCACCUAAUUUUAGAAUGUUUUGGGACUUUCUGGCAUGUGCCAUAUAUAAUAUAAUUCCGCACAGUCAGAGGACAACUGUGAAUAGACUCGUCCAAACUUUUAUUGAAGUUUCCCGCGCACGUAUUGACAACAAAUAAAAGGACAACUUUUUUAUACAAUACUUACUAAAAACCAUAAAAUUUAAUAAACAGAAGUUUCUUUAAUUAUUAUUGUAAAAAUAUUCCAUAAGAAAAGAAAGACUGCAUUGUGUUGUAUCCAAAACAAAAUUUUGACGGCCAAUUUCU